UUUUCAUUAGAUUUUUCGUUCAUCGACGGCGCGCGAUUUGUUCGCUCACUCAUAGCGUCCAUUUUCUGUCUCGAGCCUUGCUUCAGCGUAUGGUAAUUUACGAUAGUCUGCGUGAUUUCUCCGGCUUCGUUUGACACUUCUUGGACAGCUUCCGAAAGGUGCAAGUGCUGUCGAACAAGCAGCACGAUUAGGAACCAAAAACAAGGCUACAGCGUGUCGAUACAGGCUUAGUUUCUACUAAACACUCCUCAUCUGUUUUUUCGAAGAUGCCGCGGCGGGAAGUCCAGGAUAUCAAGGUGUUGCACACCACUCGGAAUUUCAAUAAGGUGCUUCCAGGACACACGCACACCGAAGACGCCGACAUCGGCAUGAAGGCAAUCUGGUGCUACAUUGUACCAACAGCCUAUCACGGUCCAAUUGACGCAUCCGCAAGCAGUAGCAGCAACAACGGCCCGCACGAUAAUGGCCGCGGGACCGCGCCCUGUUGCGAACACCACCCGCGUCGGAUCUCCUUGCCAGCCAGCGUGCUCGAGGAGUUUGACGAAGACAGCACCUGGAGCUUGUACUACGUGAACGAAACAAAGGGCGCGGCAGCGGGUCACUGCUUCUUCAAGUACAUUCUCUUUCCGGAUGAGAAAAAGGAUCGUUUGCUAACGAAGUGCAAAGGCUAUCGCAAGUACGAACCCAUGUUUACCGGCGUGCCUGGUGGGGAAGUCCACGAUAAGCUUGCAAAGAUCUACCAAAGAUUUUUCGGCUCUCUUGACGACGUGUGCAACGAGAACGGGCGCAUUGUUUGGCACUUUCACGUCGGCAUCCUCGGCGGGACGCCUUUCUCCACCUACGUCGAUGAGAACACCGCGGAGUGGGAACACAUGAAACCCGACCUGCCGGCUAUUCACCAAGCGAACGCGACACAGGAUGACGAAGGCGAUGGCGCGUCCGUGGCGGAAAGUGAGAUCUUUCGCAAGUUCGCCUUCGAGAAUGACGAGCAGGGCGACGAGGGGGACUGGCAACUUGUGAAAAACGACGCCAAGGCCAAAGAAGGUUGUUUGCCGUUUUGUUUCGAAUCCAACCAAAAUAUUUUUCCGGACGAGAAUGGUACUUUUUUUCACUACUGCCGAGCCGAAGCGCUGUGGCAGUGCAAGCGCAAGGGCUGCCGUCCCAGCAAGGGUGCGAACAAUGCUUCACGAGAUCGCUUUAAUCGCGGCCCGAGCAACACGACCGCUAGCACUGCGACGCCGAACGACGAGCAGAGGGAGGAGACUGCUGCAGACAACAAGCCGAUCGGCGCAAAAACCACGGAAUGGUUUUCCUCGUGCUGCUGGUACCAUGAGCACCUGAAGGACAAGGAAACGCAGGGCUUGAAGAAGGGCUUCGAACGGCAAUAUUGCAACGAGUGCUGGAACCGUGGGCGGGAGUGGGUCGAGGGAAAGGUGUUGGCGUUCGGGAAGGUCGGGUCUAACGUGCGGGGCACCGCGCUCGACGACGAGGACAUGGAGCGUUUCUUGCGCAAGAAGGCGAUGAAGACCGGGCCGCACAAACCCGACGUGUGUCACAUUUGUCACCGCCUCGGACAAUCUGGCUUUUCCGGAACAUGUAUCGAUUUCGCCGAUCUGCUGGCUCACGGUUUUGUAGACGUUCGGGAAGGCUCGACCCAGUGGCACUGGUCUGGUGGAGUCAGCUGUAAGGAAGAAGCCGACGCCGCUCUGAGCCGGAUGAAGAAAAAGAAGCCAUCACGUGCCUCGCAGUAGACCGACCUGAUCGACCAUCAGAGCAUCUGCCUCUUGCAGAUGCUAGAGAAUUUUUCAAAGUUUUUAAUCGCUUUUCCACCGUCGACAGUCGAGCUCUCUCGCGUAUGUAAAGUAUAAACUUAUGAUUUGCAACUUUGGUUUUUUUUUGAAACUGAUUUAAUAGCAAUCUCUUUCUAAGACGAAAACCGCACUCGCUAGCACGAGUGCCUCAUUCUUAUCGGCAAAAUCGUCUUUUUCCUUCUAUUCGUUGAUCUCUAGUACAAAAAACGAUUGGACAGAUUUCACUAUCACUUGACCUAUUCCGAUUCCGUUCUAUUUUCAAGCUUCGAACAAGAGGUUAAUGGUGUGCAGUGACGCCGGAUUUUGUAAGUCUAAGUUCAAAUUGGAAGUCAGAGUCGAC